AAGAGGGGGAGCACAUGUGUAUGCUUGUCACUAAGGGGCUGGGAGAAGGACUAAGGGAAGCGAGGUAGCUGGCCACAGCCGCCAUAUGCUGACUGGAUUCCUGUUCAUGUCUGCUGUGUGAAGACUGUAGGUUUCUGUUGUGUGCUGGCCGGCUGGGGAACAUACCAUGGGAAGCUCACAUCUCCUCAACAAAGGCAUGCCUCUAGGCAUCAGGCCCCCCAUUAUGAAUGGGCCCAUGCAUCCACGCCCCCUGGUGGCGCUGCUGGACGGGCGAGACUGCACCGUGGAGAUGCCCAUUUUAAAAGAUGUAGCAACCGUGGCCUUCUGUGACGCUCAGUCCACACAGGAGAUCCACGAGAAGGUCCUAAAUGAAGCUGUAGGAGCACUGAUGUACCACACCAUCACUCUAAUGAGAGAAGACCUGGAGAAGUUUAAAGCUCUGCGUAUCAUCGUCCGUAUCGGGAGCGGUUAUGACAACAUCGAUAUUAAAUCUGCCGGAGAACUCGGCAUAGCUGUAUGUAAUAUGCCAGCUGCCUCCGUGGAGGAAACAGCGGACUCCACGCUGUGUCACAUCCUCACCUUGUACCGACGUACCACCUGGCUGCACCAGGCUCUGCGGGAGGGGACCCGGGUUCAGAGCGUGGAACAGAUCCGUGAGGUGGCAUCGGGAGCGGCGAGGAUCAGAGGCGAGACCCUGGGACUCAUAGGGCUCGGUCGAGUGGGCCAGGCUGUAGCCCUUCGAGCCAAAGCCUUCGGCUUCAAUGUGAUUUUCUAUGACCCUUAUUUGGCUGACGGUGUAGAAAGAUCCCUGGGAUUACAAAGGGUCACCACACUACAGGAUCUGCUCUUCCACUCUGACUGUGUGUCUCUGCACUGCAGUCUCAACGAACACAACCACCACCUGAUCAACGACUUCACCAUCAAACAGAUGCGUCAGGGGGCGUUUCUGGUGAACACAGCAAGGGGGGGUCUGGUGGAUGAGAAGGCUCUGGCUCAGGCCCUGAAGGAGGGGAGGAUACGUGGAGCUGCCCUGGAUGUUCAUGAGACAGAGCCUUUCAGUUUCAGUCAGGGUCCACUCAAAGAUGCCCCCAAUCUGAUUUGCACACCGCACGCUGCCUGGUACAGUGAACAGGCGUCACUGGAAAUGCGAGAGGAAGCAGCCAGGGAGAUCCGAAGGGCUGUGACAGGUCGCAUCCCAGACAGUCUGAAGAACUGUGUCAAUAAAGAGUUCCUCACCCAAAACAACCACUGGGCAGGAGUUGACCCAGCGACCGUCCACCCUGAACUCAACGGGGCUUACAGGUAUCCCCCAGGAGUGGUGAACUUGCCGUCUGGCGGUCUCCCUCCACCUGUCGAAGGCAUCGUGCCGAGCACUGUGCCGAUCGCGCACACCCUCCCGCCUGCUGUCACGCACCCUCCUCACGCCCCGUCUCCAGGACAAAACACAGUGAAGCCACCAGAGGGUGACAGAGAGCAACAUCCAAACGACCAGCUGUAGCCCCUCCACAAACACAAAACACACGCUUGCCCGUGUUGUUUGGUGACUGGUGGUGGUUGGCACAGCAACCGGUGUCAUAGCGAUAAGUUCCCUAGUGACAAGUUGUUAUCGGACAGGUUUGGUGUCAGAUUGACCGGUUGAGGUCCCAAUUACAAUCAAUACACGAGCUCUCUGGCAACUGGUUUCCAACAGCCGUUUCACACUCCAAAGAGGAAGAUGAGGAAGGUGGCGAUGAGCAAAAGGAGUGGAUAGCUGUUGGAUGCCCUCACUAAAGAGCAAGAUAGCUGUCCGCUGCCCCACCCAGAAGUUGGUCUUCUGAUCACUGGAUGAUCUUCAGAUUCCCUGCCAGAAGUAAAAAAAAAAAAAAAAAAAAAUCUAAUAACUAUCUGUUGAUUUGGAAAGAAAAAAAAAAAUACAGAAUCAAAUUCCGCUGUCUUAGACUGUAGUGUGUCCAAAGUUAGAGGGGUGGGGUUUAUGUCUUUCUCUCUUUACUGUGUCCUUUCCUUAGUUUGAUGUACAAACAAAGUUAGUAGGUUAUACAAUGAAUGUAACCUGUCUGUGUACAGUUUUUAGACUUACAACAAGAUGAUACUGAUAUUUGUAUUCCAGUCUUAACAAAAGCAAAGGUGAUCUCUCUAUGUAGCCAAAACAGUUGGAGAAUACAAUAUCUGUUUUUUAUGUCCCCAAAUUAGCAAGCCCCCCCCAAAAGAGGCAGCUUUUUGCACACCAUCUCAGGAAAUUAAGUUUCCGCAGUUGGUAUAUUAAGUUUUUUUUUGUUUUGUUUUGUUUUUUUUUAUUUUUUUAUGCCACUUAGUGCUUUUGUUUUUCUACCUGCUUGCCUUUUGGUGUCCUGCUACAUUAGAAAAAUAACUUUAACAAGAGCUAAAGUUGAACUAAUGUUUGCUUUUGUUAGUUAUGUUAAAGGGGCAUGUGAUUUUGCUCUUGGGACUCGUGUAAACGCUUGACCCAAAUCGAGGGGGUUGCAGGAGGAAAGGCUGCAGGGAGGUGGCAAAAUGGUAUGCUGAGACUGGGACAACUUCUUUCCAUGUCUCUAUUAAUUUAUACAUUGACAAGAUGGCACACUGAAAGUUUGCAGCAGCCCACACUUUGAGAAACAAGGAUUUUAUCUUAGCCUGUCUAAUGACACAACAGUCCCCCUAUCACGCACAGUAACCGUGCAAGUCAUGGAGCAUGAACAGUUUGAUCAAUCACUGAGCCAUGGUUCAUCAUGCUGAAAGUCAGUAUAUAACUGAAGUUGCCCUUGCAGCUAUAGGUUGGUCCAAUGUGCCAGCAGGGUUGCAAAAAACUCUACUUUCCAUUUGAAGCUCUGAACUCACUUGUACAGAUGCCACAUUUAGUUAAGUAAAGUUAAUGCUUGCUGACAGUCAUGUGCAUGAACUUGGAUCAAAUGAAAUUUUCAUUCUUUUUUAGGCUGUUUUAAAAUACAGCGUGAACUCAGCUUGAUUGUCCUUGUUUGUAAAAAGAGAAACGGCCUUCUUGUGAGAACAAAUACACGCUAUUUCUCGAAAGCAAGUAAAUACAAACAGAUUUCUCCAGACUACUAUCCCUUUAACCUUUCAAGAGGGGGUCCUUCCUGAGUAUACCGUUUAGCCACCCUCUGUGGCCUCUGUGUCUAUGUGUACAUAUGGUGUUCUGCCUGCCUGUGUCAAUGUGAGUUGGUUGUAUCUGUGUCUAAAAAAAGCAGCACUGGGAGGAGGGGCGGUGGCUUGUGCUCUCCACAAAGCAUCAUUACAAAGGCUGCCAUUAACUAAAUACUUAAAACAAACUGAAAGCACUUUGGAAUUGACUUCAGACUUAGCCUAGCAAUCUCUCAGUAAUUAAAGCUUUUACUGAUUACAUUCCCACAAUGUAAACGAGAAACCGAUAAUGUCACGCGAGCGGAAAAAUCUCCCGAACUCUUUUUCUCUCUGGAAUAUUUAUUAGCAAUUCCAGCUGCUGUGUUGUUGAUGUUACUGGGCCUGCUGAGUGAAGGUGCUUUCUCAUCCCCUCCUACCAGCAGCUGAGUAGUAAAAACAGUUUACUGUUGCCUACCUGGUCUUCGUCAUGGUUAGGUAGUAAGCGUAGCAAUCAGGGAUGGAAAUUUCACCAGCGAUAUCUGAAAGGGGCGUCUCGCACACAUGGUACUGCCAGGCUAGAGCCCCGAAAUCCUUGACAUCGCGCUGAAAUGCUUGAACUUGAAUCUUAAACUUUCCUUAACAGAUCAUGUAACCAUUUUCUGGAGGAGAAACUCUUUGCUAGUUCUUUCUGAAACAAACUGCAAGUAUUCCUCCUUUAAAAUGACGGGUGCCGCAUCAGAUUAGCUAUUAAAAUGUCGAGAUGCUUCGAUUUCCAUCCCUGGUAGUAACACACAGUCCACUGUUGCCUACCUUGGUCCCCUUUAUGGUAAAGUAGUAGGCGUAGCAAUAUACAGUACAUACAUAAUCUAUAUUCUACAGUAAAUAUCAUUAUUUUUGGUCAAAACUGACAACCUGACAAAGAUACGUUUGUGACUGUAUGCAUUUGUAUGAAUUAUUUUAAAAGAAAUAAACUGUGGAAAGGUAA